ACGAUAACAGAACACGAGAGGUGGAUGGGGAAGCUGGCGUUCCUGUAUUUUUGAAUCUGGGUUUUCUUCCAUCAUGAUCCCUAUCUACAUUUUGUUAAGAAAUUAUUCUCGCUCUUUUUGAUUCUGUUACUCUCUAGGUGUUUUGUUUUAUUGUAACUUUGUUUUUUACUUCUUGGGUCAAUGCGUGCUUUUGCUCAUUUGGAGCGAUUGCCUGUAUGAUGAUGGGGCUCCAUUUUGUCUGUGGUCUCUGAUUAUCUCAUGAAACCGAGAUUUCCCCCUCGAAACAAUUAUCUGUCGUUGUUUUCUAAGAAUUUUUUUGUUCUGCUUUUUAAUUAUUUUAUUUUUUUCGAUCCUGGCUACUAGGGCUACUAUUAAUUUUUCACUUAGUAAUUUGAGCAGUGUUUUCCCUAUUCGUGCGCGGGAGGAACCUCUGCAACGGCAGAGCUGUCUCGCACGCUGAAGCUAUCCUUGAAAACCAAAAAAGGGAAAAGGCAGUAUAUAGAAAUAGAAAACAUAUUCUCUCUAUCAAAACCUUAGAGAUGGUCUUCUGGCGUAGCGAGUUCUCUUGGUUAUACAAAUAUAUAAAAAUGGAAGUAUCGCCAUUGACCUCUGGAAGGCUCUCCCACAGCAGUGGGCCUUUAGCCGGCAAUCAAAGCUGUGGCUCGUUAACGGACAGUCCUCCCGUCUCUCCGUCUGAAAUCGACGACGUUAAGCUAUCCCGUACGGCUAACACGAAGAAAACGCAGAACAGAGGUCCCGGUGGCGGGGGUGGCGGUGGUUGCGCAGGUCCUGGCGGUGGUGGUGGCGGUAACAAGACAGUUGGUAGGUGGUUGAAAGACAGGAGAGAGAGGAAGAAGGAGGAAACCCGAGCACACAACGCGCAGCUCCAUGCAGCAGUCUCGGUUGCAGGGGUAGCUGCUGCAGUGGCUGCCAUUGCCGCAGCCACGGCUGCUUCAUCAUCGUCAGGCAAAGACGAACAAAUGUCAAAGACUGACAUGGCGGUUGCAUCGGCUGCAACGUUGGUUGCAGCGCAAUGCGUGGAGGCUGCAGAGGCAAUGGGCGCCGAGCGGGAACAUCUUGCCUCCGUCGUUAGUUCGGCCGUCAAUGUCCGUUCACCUGGCGACAUUCUGACCUUGACAGCUGCGGCAGCAACAGCUCUACGCGGGGUCGCUACGUUGAAAGCGAGAGCAUUGAAGGAUGUUUGGAAUAUAGCUGCAGUAAUACCGGUUGAGAAAGGUAUGGGUUUAGGUGGUAAUAAUCACAAUAAUGCCCACUCUAACCACAGCGGUGAGCUUGUCACCGAGGAGAAUUUCCUCGGUAUCUGCAGUCAAGAGUUCCUCGCAAGGGGUUGCGAACUCCUCAAGCGUACCCGUAAAGGUGAUCUGCAUUUGAAAAUCGUCUCUGUUUAUAUCCAUAGGACGGGAGUGGUAAUGCUGAAGAUGAAGAGCAGGCAUGUAGCAGGGACCAUCACCAAAAAGAAAAAGAAUGUAGUUUUGGAGGUUUGCAAGGACAUUCCGGCAUGGCCUGGGCGUCAUUUGCUGGAGGGCGGUGAGCAGCGACGUUACUUUGGGCUGAAAACUGCUUUGCGUGGUGUAGUAGAGUUUGAGUGCAGGAAUCAAAGGGAGUACGAAGUCUGGACUGAGGGUGUGUCCAGGCUCCUCACCAUCGUUGCCGAACGGAACAAUAGACAUAAACCAAAUGUGUGAUUAUAUUAACAGAGAAAUGGAGAUUUUGAGAUUCAUAUUGGUGGGUCUGCCUGUUUAUUUUGUUUCUUUUGUCCUACUGUAAAGAAAAGAGGUGUGGGGUGGUGGGAGGAAUAUUUUCUUUGCACUGGGAAUAUUUUGGGGAUGUCUGUAUUUAAAGUAAAGUGAAAGGGGUUUGGAUCCAGCAGCAGCAGCAUCGAUCCAAAAGACCAAAUGUGUUCAAGCUCUCAAUUUCAACCAUAUUUUGGGAAGAAAAGAUGGAAUCUUGGACUAUUAGCGGUCAAAAAGUGGGAAGGGAUGGGAACAAAUCCGCCUUUACAUAGUGACUGGUGUAGCACUAGGUAAAGCAAAAUGUUGGUUAUAUGCCUUGUUUAUGUGCUAUGUAAAUUCAUUUCCAUCUCUCUCUCUGUCUCUGUCUCUCUCUCUCGUUUGGUUUCGUUUAAAAACAAUUAACAGUGGUAACUUAAAAAUGGC